AUGGAGCAACCACGUUUACACAAUAAAAUUCAUCUUAAUUCCGAAGAUAUUCGGUAUAUUAAAAAUCAGCUGAACCAUUCUAUCAAGUCACGAAUAGACCUUGAUCUACCUGACAAUGAGGAUGAUUCUUUAAGGAACCAAGUACUGUCGUAUAUCCAACAAUUCAUAGACGAAUCGUUUGAACUUGCAAAGCACUCACUAAUAGUCGAUGGGAAAGAUAUGUCAGGAGUACCAUCACUGGAAGCUAGUCUAACAGAAGGCAAACAAGAAAUCGAACCUUUUGAUAUUGAGCUCAACGAAAAGCUACGGCAACUGUAUGCAAAGGUGGACCAAGAGACAUUAAAAGUGACUGAACUACGACGAAAUAUAGCACAAAUAGCAACUUCGGAAUAUCAACAACGGGCUGAUGCUGAGACUAGACUGGUGGACUCUAUCCUUGAUUCCGUAAGGCAGACCCCAGGUGAUCCAGGGACACAGAGGGGACAAUUUGCCCUCAACUCGUCGGAAACCGAAAUCCUGCUAAGAACCCAGGAAGAAUAUAAGAAAGCUACUUCGAAUUUGGUCGCACUUCAAGAAAAGACGCCGAACACUGUUGCAGAGUUAUCUAAGUUGGCUGAGUCUAUUCGUUAUCUACAGGAAGAACUAUAA